GUUUUGCCGCCCUCUCUCUUUUCUAACAAUCAUUGCUAAACUUUUAAAUACUAAUACGUAUAUCAUACGGUACCGUAUAUCAUACUAUAUUGCUAUGAUAAUAAGUUAAUAACUGCCACCAAUAGUCUUCACUCACUCCUCAGAAUUCAGAACUGAAAAUUGCUAUGUUGCUUAGCCAAAUCAUGUUUUCAUGAAUUCAGGUAGUGUUACUCUGACUUGUAAGAGGUAGAGUGAAAUGGAGCAGUAUGAAAUUCUAGAACAGAUUGGCAAAGGUGCCUUUGGUUCUGCUCUUCUUGUCAAGCACAAGCAUGAAAAGAAAAAAUAUGUCCUCAAGAAGAUUCGCCUUGCUCGCCAGACUGACAGAGCCCGAAGGUCUGCCCAUCAGGAGAUGGAGCUUAUAUCUAAAGUUCAAAAUCCAUUUAUAGUGGAGCAUAAAGAUUCUUGGGUAGAAAGGGGUUGUUUUGUAUGUAUUGUCUUAAGUUAUUGUGAAGGAGGAGAUAUGGCUGAAGCUAUAAAAAAGGCUAAUGGUGUUCAUUUUCCUGAAGAGAAACUUUGUAAGUGGCUUGUUCAACUGCUGAUGGCCCUUGAUUACUUGCAUGUAAAUCACAUACUUCAUCGAGAUGUCAAGUGUUCAAAUAUUUUCUUGACAAAAGAUCGAGACAUCCGUCUAGGUGACUUUGGCCUUGCUAAAAUGUUGACAUCUGAUGAUCUUGCUUCCUCAGUUGUUGGGACCCCAACUUAUAUGUGUCCUGAGCUUCUUGCUGACAUACCCUAUGGUUCUAAGUCAGACAUCUGGUCUUUGGGAUGCUGUGUUUAUGAAAUGGCUGCUCACAAGCCAGCUUUUAAAGCUUUUGAUAUACAAGCAUUGAUUAACAAAAUAAACAAGUCUAUAGUGGCUCCACUUCCAACUAUAUACUCUAGUGCUUUCCGAGGGCUUGUGAAAAGCAUGCUACGGAAAAAUCCAGAGCUUAGGCCAACGGCUGGUGAGUUAUUGAAUCAUCCACAUCUUCAGCCUUACAUUCAAAAAAUUCAGCUACAACUAAGUAGCCCCAGAAGUAGUAGUACUUUGGCAUUUCAAUGGCAUGAGAAAAACCAUGCAAGAAGUAGGUUCAUAGAGCCAGAAUCUGUUUCUUCUCUUUCUGGCCAAGACAAAUGCUUGUCAUUAAGCAGUGACAACAACAGGUCCUUGAAUCCAAGUGUUUCUGGAACUGAUGAACAAGGAUCUCAGUGUUCUUCUACCCAAAGAGCAAUUGGAUCAUCAUCCACUUAUUCAAAAGAGAAGCUCUAUGAACUAUCUAUUGCCUGUGUCCCUGACAAAUGCAAUACUUAUAAAUCAUCAAAAGCUAGAAAGUCCUCAAUUGUUCAGAGACCUUCAACACUGAGAACUGCUAAGGCUUCUGCCACACUCAGAGGCCAGAAAAUGACUCCAUCUAGGACACACCCAAUGCCUAAUGCAGCAAUCCGCAGAGCAUCAAUUCCACCACCAAGUAGAGCAAACAUUGGCCUUCUCCAAUGUGUGGAGUCUCCCAAUGUCUCGGUUAACACUCCGAGAAUCGACAAGAUUGCAGAGUUCCCUCUGGCCUCAUAUGAGGAUAAUUUCUUCCCUGGCAAAGUAACAUGCCCAUCACCAUCACCAUCACCAUCACCAUCACCAUCACCAUCACCAACAUCAAUAAUAACCACGAGCGAGGAAAAGUGCAUGAUCCAGGUUGUGGACAAAGCCACUGUCCACAACACCAACAGUGAACACUCUGCUGAUCAUAAGCAUCGAUUCGACACCUCGUCGUUGCAGCAACGUGCAGAGGCAUUGGAGGGGCUGCUAGAGUUCAGUGCAAGGCUGCUACAACAACACAGGUUUGAUGAACUUGGAGUCUUGUUGAAGCCAUUUGGGCCUGAGAAGGUUUCUCCAAGAGAAACAGCUAUUUGGUUGGCCAAGAGCUUCAAACAAACUCUUCUUUAAGCUUUUCUUGUCUAUGUCAUAUGUGAUCAACCAUCAUUGCCAUAGAACAUUGUACAUCAAUAGAGUGCUUUCUCUUUUCUGCAUUGCCAAUUUUCCAUGAGGUCCAUGCUUGUACAUUUAUAUUUAUAAAACAAAAAAAAAAAUCUGGGUGCACUUAAUUAUAAUUGUCAAGAUACAAUUAUUUACCAAUUAUU